UAGAAAAGGAUAAUGAAUGGAUAUGGGAGCAAAUUUCUUCUUCAAUUCGCCAAAACUUGCUGAACAAAAUCUGACGAGCGGAGCUACAGUUUGAGUUGCUCAACUCAGUCUGCGAUGGCAAGAUCGUUAUUACUGCUUCUUGCCUCUUUCUUUCUCUCUCUAACUGCAUCGAACGCCGUCGAUUCUCUGGCCAGUACUGUAUCACUGCCGUCUUGUUCCGAUCACGGGAGCCAAAAGUUUAUUGCGUGCGAUGUGGAAGAGGCGAAGUUAAAAUUGGCGCUAUUAGAAUCCAUACUCGAGGAAAAAAUUGGAGAUCUAAACGCGAGAACUCAGUAUCUCGGUGAUUGCCAGAGGAGAAUCGAGGAGUUCACAUCAGAGAUUGAUCGUCUAAAAACCGAGCUGUCGAAUUUUAAGGACGAUCACUCGCGUAAAAAUGUGAAGCUCAUUGCUCUUGAGGAAGAGGUCAGACUUCUCUGGGAAGCCUCUCGUAAGAAUAACUUUGAAAUCUACGAUUUGGAGCAAAAAGCAUUGGAUGCUGAAAGAAGGUUAAAAGCAGUUGCUUCACAAGUUGAAGAGACAUCUCAAAUUGUAUCAGAACAAUGGAUUCAAAUUCAGAAACUUGAGCAGGCUCUUUACAUGGUGGAGGUGCAGACAUCAAAAAUUAGAAAGGAACUCUGGAAAAGAUGCCCAGUUGUUAAGUUCUUUGUAAAUCUUUACAAUGAUUUUUCCAAAUCACUGAUGGGGAUCUUGGAUCCUUAUGUCCUGAGAGAUGGAUCUAUGUUUGCUAGUUUGAAAUCUAAAUCCUUUCAGACAUUUGCAGCUGUGAAGCAUUACCAUUAUCAGUUGCAAGGAUUUGUAAGACAUGCAAUCGAGAGCCAUGAACUAACUGCAUCUCUUGCUCAUGCGGAGGUUGUAUUUUUUGUGGCAUCAUCUCUCGUUGCUUUCCCUGUAAUGAUGGCCUGCAUGUUACUACUAUCACAAUUUAGCUAGCUGGAAACAGAUACUGCCUUGUGGAUAGAGCUGGCGACUGCCAGGAAGUCGAUAGGGACAUAUUUCUGGAAAAUGCUGUGGAAUUAGGGACUAUCUUGGUUGUGGAAUUGGGGACUACCUUGGUCGUUUCCUGUGAAGAUCUUAAGGAUAUUUCCAAUAUUAAAGCUUUCAUUAGCGUUUCGUUCGUGCAAUGCUUCAACUGUCAGAAGUUGAGUUUUCAUGGCUGGACCGACUGGAAGGUCUGCAGUUUCAGAAUACUAACAUCUUUCAGUAGGACUGCUUCUGACAUAGUCACAUUUCUUUGAGGUGGGAAAAAAUGCUUUGGUGUUUGCUGCUGGUCAUAGAGAACCGUUUUAGACUAUAGCAAAUUUAUUUGAAGUACUUAUUGUUAAUUCAACCAGUUAACCCAUUGGGCUUUAUUCUUUCCCACAUUCUUUUUUAA